AUGUCGUCUAAUCCUGAUUGGACGCCUCCAAAGCGAUAUGUCCCUGGUCCAGGGAUGCCAUCUCUACCGCCUCAGCUCACAGAGUUUUCGGACUACUCCCCAGAUCAGAUUGUUAAGGAACUAAAACGGUUACCAUUUUUUAUGACAGAUCUGGAAGCUGACGAAGGUGAAGAUAAUGUAGAAAUCGAAGCAUUAAAAGCACUUGCUUAUGAUGGUGAGCCUGAUGAGAUUGCUACCAAUUUCAAAGAACAAGGAAACGACUGCUAUAGACAAAAGAACUACAAGGAUGCUAUUGAGUUUUAUACUAAAGCACUGGAUGUCAAAUGUGAAGUGGAUGAGAUUAACGUCGCUUGCUAUGUUAAUCGAGCUGCUUGUAAUUUAGAACUGAAAAAUUAUAGACGCUGCAUUGGAGACUGCAAAUUAGCUCUCAAAAUUUCCCCCAAAAAUGUCAAGGCAUUAUUCCGCUCGUCUAAAGCAUACUUAGCGGUUGAUAGAGUUGACGAGGCCCUAGCUUGUGCUGAUUAUGCUUUAUCUAUAGAUCCCGAUAAUGCUGCACUCAAAAGCUUGAAAACAUCUGCUGAAACUCGAAGAGAUAGAUUAGCUGAAUUAGAACAAAAACGGAAAAAGGCUAUUGAACUUAAAGAGACCAAGAAGAGAAACCUAGAAGUGGCAUUGCAAUCGAGGAAUAUCACCUUAAUUAAUACAGCGAUUGGUGGGGCUGGAAACGAUGACCAACAGAGGUCGAUGCAUCAAGAUCUAAAAAUCUCACUUCGGGAUGAACUCAAUCCUGGAUCGGACUUAUCAGUACCUUUGCUAUUUCUCUAUCCUCUCGAAAUGGAAAGUGAUAUAUUCCAGCAGUCUGAUUUAGAAGCACCAAUCAAUUUUUUCCUGAGUCAACUGUUCGAGAAUCCGCCACCAUGGUUUUCGAAGUCCAGCAGCCAUCAGACAGAUUAUCAAUUGAGCAACUUAGAAGUUUUUGUGCAAACAAUAAGUGGAGGCUUAGCUAAGGUUGGUAAGAAAUCCUCUAUUAUCAAGGUACUUUCAAUGAAGUCACCAGUUAUUCCUGUUAUGGAUGGUGUUGCACGGUUCUUUGUUGUGCCGAAAAAUAGAGCUGAGGAAUGGACUUCGAGCUGGAAUAAACAGCAAGCCCAGCAGCUGAUGCAAGGCGAAUAA